AGGUCCAUCACAUCAACCAGGAGCCGCAAAAAAGCUUGACAAAUGAUGGGAGUGCGAGUGAAUGGUUUAUCAUCUGCCAAACGGCUGUACCAGACGAUCCUGUAUCAAUCCUCACGAACAAUUGCAUCCAAUAGAUUGCUUCAGGAGCCAGUUUCUCGAAUCAAGACAAAACUUGAUUCAGAAAUGGUGGGAAAAUCAGGCAUCGAAAACCUCGACCUUUCAUGGGAUUCGCUGCUCACCUCUAUUCAUUCUCCCUCCCCUCACAAAGCUCAGCUCGCAGGUUCUUGAAUGGGGAUUACAGAAGUUGCAAAAAGAAAACGAGAAAAACCAUGAUAUUUACUUGGAAUUGAUCCAUCUCUGUGGGAAGAUCCAAAACACACAAACAGCAAUGCGUGUUUUCACUUUAAUGGAGAAUCAAGGUCUAAAGCCAACUUCCAUCAUUCUCAAUGCCCUAAUUUCUGCUCACUUAUCUUCAGUAAGGCUAUGGUGGCAUGGUAUGAAGCCAAAAUGGCCUUCGGGUUUUCAGCUGAUUUAG